UGACAACGGAGAACGAACGCAACGGAGAACAAAAUCUCAAAAUAUUACACUAAUCAGUUUGUAGAUACAUUCGCAGCUAGUUCGUUUCGUUAAAUAAUAAUUUUUCAUUAUGGCUAAAAAACCUUUGAAUUUUUAUGAAAUGCCCAACGAUGCGCCCGUGCGCGACAUUAAGUUGGAGAGCGAGAAGCAAUCGGUGGCGGACGCAAUCAACUUCUUUAAGAUUGCCGCCGAUCGCCCGCCGCCAGAUCGCACGCCCAAGGAUCCGGGUCCAACGGUGGCCGAUGAGUUGAAUGCACGCCUGGCUAUGGUGCAGCUGCGUCCGGAUCAUGCCAAGCGCAUACCGCGUUUGGUCAAGACCAACGUACCGGAGCCGCAGCAUCUGUACAGAUUCUUUUGCGUCUGCCCUCGCUAUCAUCCCUGCUAUGUGCCCUGCCAGCACACUGGCCAAAUAAUCAUCGAUCGCGACAUGCUGAAGCGUGAGGAGCACAUCUGCUUUCUGGCCACACCCAAGAAGGACUUUCUAUCGCCGCUGCGUAUGCGUCAGCCGCGCUAUAUUACCAAGAAGAUCUAUGUGCCCAUUUGCACGGCGCGCGUAGAGCGCCUGGCCGUGCCACAUCCGCUGCGUGUGCGCGGCACUUGGGAAGACUUUAGGCACAUACUCAACAAGCGACAUCGCCAAGCGCUGCAGGACCAAAUGAAGCCCAAGCCGCCCGUGGAGACACUCACCAUGGAGAAGGCCAUGGAGUAUCUGGAGGAGGAGAUGCGUCAGCGUCGCGCUGCCAAGCUGCAGCACAAGAAGCGCUGCAAGAAUCUCAAGAAACUCAUACUGGAGCGACAGCGCAAGCAGAUGAUCAAGAUUGUCUGCGUGCUGUUCGAGGAAAUGAAGGAUUUCCUGCUCAACGAUCAGUUCAUCAUAGACGAACAAUCGCCACUAUGCGCCGUCAUACUGGAUCGCAUCAAGGAGUUUACGGAACAAGAGUUCUACACCACCAGCAAUCUGCGCGAAUAUCAGCGCAUCUUGGCCAACAAUCUGACCGUGUGGAUAAACAAGUUUAUCUCGAAUCUGAACAUUUAUUUGGCGCCGCAAGAGGUGCCCGUGGAGCGCACCAUGCAUGGAGAAUAUCCGGAAACCUUUGUCCCCCUGUCAGACUUCAUAUCACUUUCCGAGCACCAUGGCGAGGAAAUGGGCGGUACUGACUUUGACUAUGAUCUGAGCGAAUUCGAGGGCAUGAACGAAUCCAUUAACGAUUAUUUGCGUGAUAACGAUAACGAUCUAAUCAAUCUACCUGGCGAGAUGCUGCCCUCCGAGGAGACGAUCAUAUAGAACACGCACACUCACCUUUCAAUUGAGACCAGCUGAGCUCUUUGUAGACACCAUUGCUGUGGAUCUUGGCGCUGUGGUUUCUCAGUAUGUCCACUGGCAUGGCACGGAAGAGAAAGUGCAGAAAAUUCUGUAAUGUAUUGACAAAAUUGCAAGUUAUUUUAUGUGCAACAAAAUUAAAUUGUGACAUUGUCUAA